AUGUUAUUCAUCUUCUUCAUUUUUCUCCGGCCACCCACAACCACUGCCAGAAACCCAUUGGCGGAGGUUUCUAGUGAUGAUUUCUUAAGAAGUGCAGCCGGAUAUGGUGAGGAGAAGCUCUCUACGGUGGUGGUUGGUGGCUCUCUUCUCUGUGAUGUUUUUUUGGAUGGAAUUUCCAAUCUUCAAUCAAAUCCCAUCACUGGAGCAUCCAUGGUGGUUUCGUGUAACACGGGCAAGAAAACAAGUAAAUUGGAUUGGACAAAAGGGAGGACCGAUGAAUAUGGAGAUUUCCUCAUCGAUCUUCCCUCCCAUCUCCAUGCAGUUCCAAAUAUGGAAAAAAGAUGCAUUGUGAGAAUUCUUCACCUACCAAAGACCUCUCCUUGCCACCUAGCUCUCAAUGGUCACCACACAAGGAUAAAGCUUUCAUCAGUCAAGAAUGGAUUUCGAACAUACACCACUCAUCAUAUUCAUUUGAGGCCUAAAAAGCAUGCAUCAAGAAACAAAGCCAUGUGA